AGAAAAAGGAAACAAAUUGACAUUUUGACUGUACGGGCAACGAUAUUUGCGGAUUAGAGUCGGAAACUCUGAACCCAAAACCUUCAACUGUCGUUGGUUUUGGUUUCCGAGCGAAUUCAACCCAACUCUGAAAUAUGGAAUCGGUUGUUUUUCGUCUCCUCCCUGCUCUUCCCUCCGCCACUCACCACCUACCUCGGAAGCCUCACGCCGCCGCGGAUAUCCGCUGCUUCCACCGCUCCGUUCGUCUUCCAAGGCUUCGUGGCUCACCGGUUCCAGCUGCCAACACCCUCAACGCUAAUUGUGUGCCGCCAAGAAGUGGAGUGUACACUGUUGGUGACUUUAUGACAAAGAAAGAGGAUUUACAUGUGGUGAAUCCCACAACAUCUGUGGACGAAGCUCUGGAAGCUCUUGUUGAACACAGAAUAACUGGUUUUCCUGUGGUUGAUGAUAACUGGACCCUGGUUGGUGUUGUUUCAGAUUAUGACUUGUUGGCACUGGACUCCAUAUCAGGUCAUGGGCGAAAAGAUAACAGCAUGUUUCCGGAAGUUGAUAGUACUUGGAAGACUUUCAAUGAGGUUCAAAAUCUGCUGAGCAAGACCAACGGAAAGUUGAUUGGUGAAUUAAUGACCCCUGCCCCUAUGGUCGUUCGGGAGACCACCAAUCUUGAGGAUGCUGCUAGGUUAUUGCUGGAAACAAAAUUUCGACGCCUUCCAGUUGUAGAUGCUGAGGGUAGGCUGGUCGGGAUUAUCACAAGAGGAAAUGUUGUAAGAGCCGCACUUCAAAUUAAACGAGCUAGCCAAAAGAAAGCAUGAUAGAAUUUAGAAGGCCAUUCAAAAAAUUUGUUGCUUGAUUUCAUACAGUAAUUCUAUUGAAGUGUUCCCAGAAGUUUGCUUGGCUUAGAAUUAAAAUUUUGGCUUAGGCAUGUAUAUCUUAUUAUAUUAUUUUACUAUUACACGAGUGGUUGUGAGUGGCAAUAUUUUGAAGGACCAUUAUUAUUUAUUAUUC